AUGGACAAGUCCAGGAACAGUGAGAAUGUUCGUAUGGUGGGGUUGAGAGGCAUCACUUCUGACGGGGCCGACGCUACGUCCGAACCUGGCUCCGGGGAUCGAAUAGCGACCCGAGAGGUGUGGCGGCCUGGGCUGGGUGCGCGCAUCCACGACUAUGUGAACAUGGCACAAAUCCCCAUGCUUUUCCUGUUAUCUGUUGCGAGCAUGAUUACGGACCGUGUGUGGGUGCAUGCAACGCUCGUGGUCUACGCUGACUUGUACUUUUUGAGCGACACAAUGUGGAUUCUGUUUGCGCCCUACAUCGUGAAACAACCGUGGGCCAUUCUGGUGCAUCACCUUGUGGCGAUGGUGUUGCUCAUGCAGCCGACAACGGCUCUUCUGCGACUGGCCAACCUUGUUGGAGAGUGUCGACGCGUGACCACGCGCUGCUUCGAGAUCGGGGAUCUGGCGUCCUUGGCGCUAGCUUUUACCGCCAUAACCGCGGAUAUCCUUAUUGUUGAAUUGAAUACGCUGUUUCUCCUACUGCGCCGAAACAUUCGAGGCGGUUGGGUGUUUGAGGUUCUUUUUUAUGCCAGCUGGCUCGGCAUACGCAUCGUUUGGUACCCCUAUAUCCUAUUUUAUAAGGUGCUCCCGCAUCCAGCUGCCGCCUGGUCCACCAAGGUCUCCUUUGUCGUAGUGGUGGCCUUGCAGUUCUGGUGGACGCUCGCGUUUUUGAGCCCUUCGUAUUGGAAACGUCAGCGUGGGAAAUUUCGAGAGACCUCGCUCUCGAGACCAGCACCUGGGGGAGUCUACUCACCGACGGCACGGGACAAGUUUCUGUGA